AUGGCUCUUGUCGAUUCCCAGUUACCGUCCCAUAUCAAACAUGUUGAAAUUAAGGGUCCAUCAGACUCCAAGCCAACCACAGUUGUAGAUAGUGAGAUCGAUGCCUCUGCCUCAGAUAAGGCAGACAUCCAGUUUGAACUGGAAGAGCAUCCAGUCGACCAGGUCCGACCUAUCAAGGUCGGUGUCAUCGGUGCAGGCCUAACAGGUAUCACUGCGGGUGUGAUGCUGCCCGCAAAACUGCCGGGUCUUGAUCUUCGAAUAUAUGAAAAGAACGCCGACGUGGGAGGCACUUGGUUCGAAAAUACCUACCCGGGUGUUCGUUGCGAUAUCCCUGCACAUGUCUAUCAGUCUGGAAUUUCGCCCAAUACACAGUGGACCGAAGAAUUUGCCCAGGGUAAAGAGAUCAGAGACUACUGGCAAGGUGUCGCGAAGAAGCACAAUGUCUACCAGUACCUUCGGACAGGCCAAAAGGUACAAAAGGCCGAGUGGCAGCCCGAGAAGGGUAAAUGGAAAGUGACCAUCGAGCAUGUGGACGGGUCAAAGAUCUACGAAGAGGAGCUGGACGUGGUAAUUAACGCUAUUGGCCAUUUUAAUGAAUGGAAACUGCCCGACUACGAAGGAAUCAACGACUACAAGGGGACUUUAUUUCAUUCCUCCAAUUGGAACCACAAUCUAGACCUCAAAGGAAAGAGAGUGGCUCUCAUCGGCAACGGUGCAUCCGGUCUGCAAGUUCUACCAUCAAUUCAACCAUUGGCAAGUCACGUCGAUCAUUAUGCGCGGAAUCCGACUUGGAUCGCAGAUUCAUUCAGCAGCGGUAAUGUGGGUGUCCGCCGCCUUGAGCCAAAUGUGAUUCCCGAGGACCAGCGAGAAUCAUUCAAGGACCCGGAGGUUUACUUGAAAUAUCGAAGAGAGAUUGAGAGAGGCUACUUUGAGCGGUUCGGAGCAAUCUUCAAAGACACACCAGAGAACCAGGCCCUUCGCGAGAAGUGGACCAAUUUGAUGCUGCAGCGCAUUCAAGACAAACCCGAGCUGGGCGAAAAGAUCCUCCCGGACUUCCCGCCCAACUGCCGUCGCCCAACGCCAGGCCCCGGGUACCUUGAAGCCCUAUCUCAAGACAACGUCGACUACAUCCAAACGCGAAUCAAACGCUUUACCGAGACCGGAAUCGUGACGGAAGACGGCAUCGAGCGCCAAGUUGAUAUCACAAUCUGCUCCACCGGAGCAAACGUAGACCACGCACCGCCAUUUUCAAUCAUCGCCAACGGAAUCGAUCUCAAGACUGCCUGGAAAAAGGAUGGCCAUUUCGGUUUCCCGUACUCCUAUCUUGGCUUUGCAACACCGGGCUUCCCAAAUCUCCUUUGGCUAGGUGGGCCCUACGCAUCCGGUCACAGUGGCACUGUCCCAAACAGCGUCGAGAAUGUCGUGACUUAUAUAGCAAAAGUGCUCCGCAAGAUCCGCAGCCAAGGGAUCAAAUCGAUUGAGCCUGCCAAGCAGGCCGCUGAUGACUUUAUCGCUUAUUGCGAUCAGUUCUAUCCCCGCACUGUUUGGUCUGCUAACUGCAGCUCGUGGUACAAUGGUGGUCAGCCUGGUGCGAGAAUCCAUGGGCUUUUCCCUGGAAGUGCUGCUAGUGCAAACUACAUUCGUCGUGAUCCUCGCUGGGAAGAUUGGGAGUAUACUUAUGUCAAUCCCAGUGGGAAUCGUUUCGCUUACUUUGGUAAUGGAUGGACUACUCGGGAACAAACGCCGGGUGCGGAGUUGACGCCUCAUUUGAGGUUGCCGGAGGAUGUGGACUUGAAGUCUUACAUGGAGGGCUGGUGGGAUGUUUGA